AUGGCCGGGUCCACCGCGACGAAGCGCGCGAACGCGCAGCUCGACAAGUCAUACAAGCGCGCGACCGGGGAGAUCGACGACCGCAAGGGCGCGAAGGUCAAGCCCGGGGACAUCAUCACCGCGGUGUUCCUCCUCAUCGCGGCGAAAUCCUUCAACGACCAGUGCGAGGCGACGCACGGGAUCUCGCCGUACAAGUCCGCGAAGAAAGCCAUCGGGGACGGGGUGUGGGCGAUACGAAACGCGCUGUCGAGGUUGAUCGGAGGCAAGGGCGGCGGCGGAGGAAGAGGGCGGGGGGAUAACCGCACCACCGCGGGGAGGAAGCAGUUCAAGGGGAAAGGCCGAAAGGUCGGGAAGAAGUAA